AUGGUACCGCUACUUGAGUUCCGAAUUUUGUCCCUCCUCCGCCACUAUAAGAAGCUGGUUUCAUAUUGGUAUUUACUCCACCGCUCCACUCUUCUGAGAGCGUAUCAGGCUAUUAUGGUGUCCUUGUCAUUCUUCGGCAUCACUUCCUUCGGUCUCUUGCUUUCUCUGCUUGGACGCGUGAGAGGCUCUCCGGUCAAUAUGACGAAUCUCGAUGGUCUCGACCAACAAGCUCGUGAUAUCGUGGCUCGAGCGACUCCAGCCGCUCCGCAUUUCGUGGUCUAUGCGGACACAUACGUGCAGGGAACAAACGGACCGCCCUCCGUUGCUCAAGUCAAGGGAUUCAAUACUUUUGCACUGUCCUUCCUUAUCCUUGCGGGACCAUGGGACAAGGCAUACGAAUGGACCACUCUUAGCGCAGCAGACAGGGCUUCCAUCAAGUCUCAAUACAACGCCGCCGGAAUAAAGCUAAUCGUUGCAGUAUUCGGUGCUACCGAUGUCCCAACUACCACCGGCGCGGACCCCAUCAAGACCGCGAAUACGAUGGCCGCUUGGGUGAAACAAUAUGGUCUGGAUGGUAUUGACGUUGAUUAUGAGGACUUCGGUGCUUUCGACAGAGGAGAUGGAAGUGCGGAAAAUUGGCUCAUUAGUUUCACCAAACAGCUGCGGACGCAGCUUCCACAGGGAGACUACCUUCUCACCCAUGCUCCGGUCGCACCAUGGUUCACACCUAAUAAAUAUGGUGGUGGAGGUUAUCUCGCGGUUCACAAGGCAGUCGGAAACCUGAUCGACUGGUACAACGUCCAAUUUUACAACCAGGGAGCUUCUGAAUAUGUCACUUGCGAUGGACUCUUGAACACCUCUUCCGGUACCUGGCCUCAAACAGCAUUGUUCCAAAUCGCAGCGAAUGGUGUUCCUCUCUCCAAAUUGGUCAUCGGGAAGCCAGCUACUACCGGCGACGCAAACAGUGGUUACAUGGACCCCAACACGCUCGCCACAUGCCUGCAGACUGCGAAGAAUAAAGGAUGGAAUGGGGGUGCUAUGUCUUGGCAGUUCCCUAGGGCUUCAGCUUCCUGGAUCGCAACCGUGCGCUCCAAAUCGUGGCCCGUUUAA